AUGGAAUCACUCUUAGAGGAUGCCCGUAUUGCUUUAAGAAUUAUAUUAGAACAAGCUUCACAACUUCUUAUCAAUGGUGUUGACCCACCUGAAAGUAUUACUUGUUGCAUCUGUCUUAAUGAAAUUACUUUAAUGCAAACAUAUGUUAGGCUAUCUUGCAAGCAUAUAUUACAUUUCAUAUGUUUCGUAUCUGAAUAUUCCUAUAGACAGCAUUGCCCCAAAUGUUAUAAGCCUAUAGAAAUUGGUGUUUCUGAAGAUACAGUCAAUGCAAGUGAGUCAAGCAUACAAGUCGUGGAAGAAAUCGAGUAUUCGAAUGUAGAUAUGCGGAUAGAUUACGAUGUCCUUACCAAUUUUCAGACUGACUUCAAUCCUGAUCUUACACUAGAAAUACCUCUCAACUCUCCAAAUAUUAAUAUAGAAUUAUCAUCAAAUAUCGCUAGUUCUUCUAAUACCCCUCUUAUUCCAAACACAACAGAUUCUUCUACCAUUUCUCUUAACCAAAAUACAAGACGUAGAAACCCGACUCGCUCUGCAAGACCUACUAACUUAACUGAAGAAUCAGUAUCUUUAUCAGCUAUUUUAUCUAGAGAAAGUGAAUCAGCCUUAUCUAGACGAAAUAGACGUACAGAAUAUUUAGAACGCAAUGUUCCGCUUAUUAUUCAGGAGUUAAACACAGUCCCAAACGAAAGUUUUAUAGUUACUGAUUUACAAAGUCAUCAGGAAACAAAUGCAAGAAAUGCUAAUUAUCUAGCAGUAUUAUCUAAUUUACGAUUUAGAGCAGUACUUGUAGAUCGAUACGAAAUGUUAGUACAAGUGACUGGUAAUGAUCAUAAUGCUCGAGAGGCUCUUAAUAGUGAAGUAGAAGAUUUUGCUUUAGCGUCUUCGGCCAAAAAGAUAUAUUUUGUGUUUCCUGAUUGCGGAAGAGCUGGUGGACAUCAAAAAGGGAAAAUAUGUGAAGCGCCUAAACGGCUAAUGGGAAUGCAAAGUAUUCAAGUCUUGUUCAAUACUUCUGAAGUAAUUUAUGUUUUAAUAUUCAUUGGAUCCAUUUUCACUACUAUCUGGCACAUCUUACGUGUUAGUAGACAACAACUCACUAAUAUUGACCCCGCACAAGCCAAAAACAUAGAAGUGAGUACAGAUGCCUUUCUUAAUCAACUCUAUAGUAAGGAAACGGGUUUGAAUGAUGAAAUUAAAACAUAUCUGACCAAAAAGUUCAACGAAGUUAACACUGAGAACCAUGAAAACAUGUUGGCAUUAUACGAUAAGCUUCUUAAUAUCGAAGGACGUGUUUGGUCAGCGAAUGACGAGCAAUAUGAUAAUUUUAUGACAAAUACAGCUCGCUUUAGAUAUUUAAGAAUUUUGGCCCUGCAUAUUCUAAAUAUUACUCCUGUAUCUGGCUCUAAUGAUUCGUCCUCUUUUACAGGCUUAAGUGAAGAAGAUAAUUUAGAUGACAUCUUCAUAUCUCAAG